UGCCUGAACAAAAGCGCACACCUCGGCGGGAAGCACCCGUUCCGUUUUAACAAGGCGAACAUAAACACACUACACCACUUUCUAGACGUCCUAGAAUUUGAAGAAGGGAAAGAAGACGAAACGGAAUACAGACGAAUCGAUGAGCUAAGCAAAUACAUUGAAGUUAUAAAAAUUAAGGAUAGUCCAAUUAACGAAAGUAAAUACUAUGGAUACAAUUUUGAAAAUGAAGAUAAUUUUUUUCACUCGAAUGGAGAAUUGAAAAAGUUACCUGAACAGGUCAGGCAAAAUGAAGUAGAACGAGUAAAGGAAUACAUACAUGUACCCCCAUUCGUUUUAGCAAAAUUAUGCGAAUAUGCAUUUAAAGAAAUUUUAUUUUUUUUAAAUAAAAAACAUUUGAAGCAACUGAGCAACAUAUUGAAUGAUGGGGAGUCUAGCAAAAACGACAAGUAUGUCGCUAUGACUUUAAUUAAAAAUGCUGUGAUUAGUGCUGAGCAGAAUUUGCCAGGUUGCCAGGACACGGGCACGGCCAUCAUUUUGGGCAAAAAGGACGAAGAAAUAUUAACCACUUACGAGCACAAGUAUUUGAACUUGGGAGUUUACAAUGCCUAUCGCAAGAAUAACUUUCGAUACAGUCAGCUGUCUCCCCUCAGCAUGUUCAGCGAGGAAAACACAAAAAACAAUUUGCCUUGCCAGAUCGAGAUUUACAGCUCCGUGCGCGGGGGGAAGGCACCCGGAGGAGCGACACCACCGGGGGUGCGGCCGCCUGCCCCGCCUGCCCCGUCCACCGCUUCUGCUUCGUCUACCGCGUCUACCCCGUCCACCGCUUCUGCUGCGUCUACCGCGUCCACCACUCCCACCGCUUCUACUGCGUGCGCCCCCAAGUACGAACUGAUCUUCAUCGCCAAGGGCGGCGGGAGCGCAAACAAGACCUUCCUGUUCCAGCAAACCAAGAGCAUCCUCAACGAAGACAAGCUGUACGACUUUCUCCUCGAAAAAAUUAAAGAAAUAGGAACGUCUGCGUGCCCCCCAUAUCACUUGGCAGUAGUCAUUGGAGGGCUCUCUGCUGAGAUGAAUUUAAAAAUGGUCAAGCUAGCAUCCUGUAGAUAUUUGGACAAUUUGAAGAAGGAGGGGGGUGGAUAUGGAAAGGCAUUCCGAGAUAUCAAGAGUGAACAAAUUAUUUUGGAGAAAGCACAAGGGUUAGGUAUAGGUGCUCAAUUUGGUGGCAAGUACUUUGUACAUGAUGUGAGAGUGAUCCGGUUGCCACGACAUUCUGCUUCAUGUCCCAUUGGCAUUGGCGUUUCCUGUUCAGCUGAUAGACAAAUAAAGUGUGUGAUUAAUCGAGAAGGGGUAUUCAUGGAGGCGCUGGAGCAUGAGCCGAUUAAGUACCUCCCAGAAAUUACUUACAAGGACUUGAAGCGAGUCGGGGGGAUCGCCGCGCACACUGGGGGGGAUGAUCACCCUGGAGGAAACGAAACAGGGGAAGCUCUCCCUGGGGGAAACGAAACAGGGGAAGCUCUCCCUGGGGAAGGAGGAGUGCCCAUCAACCUUAAUCAGCCCAUGGAAGGCAUUCUCAAAUGUUUAUCGGAGCACUCCGUGUCGACCCUGCUACUCCUAACGGGCAAGCUAAUAGUCGCCAGGGACACAGCCCACAAGAGAAUAGUAGAUAACCUUCUCCUGAAUGGAAUCCCCAUCCCUGAAUAUUUUAAAAAAUUUCCAAUAUAUUAUGCAGGCCCAGCGAAAACUCCGGACAAUUAUGCAAGUGGAUCAUUUGGACCCACCACAGCUGGUCGUAUGGACGCUUAUGCUGAAGUACUUAUGAAGAAUGGGGCUUCUUUAAUUUCGCUAGCUAAAGGGAAUAGGUCGUCCGUUGUACGGAAUGCAUGUAGAAAGUAUCACGGGUUUUACUUAGGUAGUAUAGGUGGCCCUGGUGCCAUUUUGGCCAAGAAAAAUAUAAAAAAGGUAGAGGUGAUUGACUUUGCGGAGCUCGGGAUGGAGGCCGUGCACCUCAUCGACGUGGUCAACUUCCCGGCCUUCAUCGUCAUAGACGACAAGGGAAACGAUUUUUACAGCCAGUGGAUCCCCGCCUAG